AUGGACCAUAGCCGGCCAGCUAGCUUGCCACGCUGCGUCUCCAAGCCGGCAGCCACGCGGAGCAGCGUCCCAACCCAGCCUCACCCACCCUCAUCCAGAGGUGCUGAGGAACCUGAGAAGCUUGCGGCUCUGGGGGCUAAGGAUGGGGCUUGUGGCCCCAUUAAACCUUCAGGUACCCGGAGAGGAGAUCUGGCCUGCACCAUGAAACUGUGGCUCUUUGCCUGCCUGGUCGCCUGCUUUGUUUGGACCUGGGUGCCUGUUGUCCAUGUCCAAGGUGCCUUUGAAGACUGCUGCCUGGGUUACCAACCCAGGAUCAAAUGGAAUAUUCUCCAGCACGCUAGGCAUUAUCGCGUGCAGGAAGUGAGUGGAAGCUGCAACCUACGUGCUGUGAUAUUCCACUUCCGCCAGAAAGGCAAGGUGUGUAUGAACCCAGUGGACAAGGAUGUGAAGAGGGCGAUGGAGAUCUUGAAUGCUAAGAACAAGCCAGUUGACAACCCCCAGAAGACCACUUCAGGCUCUCAUACUGAGAGGAGGAAGUUAAAUCAUAUGAAGUCUAAGGUGAGGAACCCCAGCAGCACCAGCAUGAGGAACGCCACCCUAGGCCGGUCUAGGAUCGUGAUGAUGACCAGAAAGAUCAACAAUUAAGUUAUUCAGAGUGAGCACCAGCCAGACAAUGGGAGGAGUCCCCUGAAGUGCUAUCUUCUGGACAUGACAUGGCCACUGAACUCACAGAAGGCACAGUUACCUGGACUUGACUGGACUCAGCAGUGUUUCAGCGUGGGCGAGUGAGGGACUCCCAGGGCCCCACCCCUCAUCAAGGAGCUAUUGGCUGUUAAUGAUUGCUGGGGAGAGGGAGUCUUUUUCCCCCAGAAGUGUUGCCAUAGUCCAGUAUAUAACCCCCACCCAUGCUCAGGCAAGCAACCCUAAUUACAUGCAGGGAGUCACACACAAAAGAAAGAGGUAUGAAAGUAGGACAGGGCUUGUUAGGAAGAAGGAUUCAGUGGGAGAGAGAGGACUACAGCAGGAUG